AUGGAUCCAAAGGUGCGCGACCUCUACAGGCGCUUCUUGCUCGUCGGCCGCGACUAUCCGCUCGGCCUAAGCCACGUGCGUGAGAAGGUCAAAGCCGCCUUCUUCCUCAAUCGCAAUCUCACGGACCCCGUUGCGGUGAAGAAAGCGAUCAAGCGCGGACGCUGGAUGGUCCGCGAGAUCGUGGGUGUUAUUCAGCUGAAGAAGUACAGGACGCUCAAUAGUCGCUACACGCCCGCGGACUUGCGCGAGAAGCUGCGCGAUAUUGAGAACCGUCGCGUGCUCGAGGAACAGGAAGGGCGCGACGACAAGAAGAAUUGCGACUCGGACACGAGCUGA